CAUGUUCACAGUGCCAGCUCCCCCUGCUCCAGGCCACCCCGGGGGCCCCGGAUCCUCUCUGCCCUCUGCCCCCUCCUUCUCCCCUCCGGCCCUGCCCACCUCUAACCCCAAGCAGCUGGUGGUGAGGACGAGGUCUAUAGGCACCAACACCCAGGAUAGUGGCGUUUCAGGAGCACUGGAGGGCGACUCGGCCUGUUUGGGGCCCUGCCAGCCCGGUACAAGCGUCAACCUGGAGGGCAUUGUCUGGCAUGAGACUGAGGAAGGUGUGCUGGUGGUGAAUGUGACGUGGAGGAAGAGAACCUACGUAGGAACUCUGUUAGACUGCACCAAACACGACUGGGCUCCUCCAAGGUUUUGUGAGUCUCCCUCCAGUGAUCCUGAGUUGCCAGGUGGGCGUGGCCGGGGUAAACGGAUGCGAAUGGCCAUGGCCGAACGGCCCUGCGUUGAGCCGCCCCCUGCUGCCAAAGUUAGGGGUCUAUCACAGCACAGGAGCCGUGGAGGUGGUGUGGCUGGAACCACUGCACCCAUCCAUAGCAAGGGACGGAGAGGAAGCCUGAACCUCAUCAACAGCAACUGCCGAACACCUCCUUCUUUUUUUACUGUGGAGGAGGUGAAACCUGCAAACAGCACCUCCUCACUCUCCUCUGGGAAGCGAAAGAACAAACCGCCAGCUGACCUGGACCUCAGCCUGGUCUCCUCAGAUGACAUUAAAAACGGGAAUGGGAAGAGGAUCCGAGCCAAAUCCCGCAGCGCCCCAUCCACACCGCAGGGCAAAUCUGACCCUUCUUUCAUGGACCCUGGAGGAGGUUGUGCCUCCUCACCGCCUCCCCCACCAAUCCUCAUCGACUGCCCCCACCCCAACUGCACUAAACGCUACAAGCACAUCAACGGCCUGCGCUACCACCAGACGCAUGCGCACCUGGAGGCUGAGGAGCAGAGGAAGCCUGAGCUCGAGCCCAUGAAGGAUGGGGAGAGUGAGGAACGACUGUCAGACUGUGAGGACACCAUCAGCAACAUGACAUAUGACCUCUCAGAGACAAACAACAGCACUAAUGCCAACAGCUCUUCUAAGAAACCUGCUCCUCUAUAUAAGGUGACCACCGUGGGAUCUCCUAAAAACAGAAGGCUACUUCUCAGCACUGACCACACCUCCACAGCCAACUCCAAGACCAGAAGAACCUCAUUGCUGAAAGAUGGGCUGAUUGAUGACCUUAGCAAUCUGCCCAUCAUCUCCAACAUGACCGUAGUUCUGGAGAAUUGCAUGGUACCAGACAGGAACUCCACAGUAGAGAUGCCCAAGCUGGAAGCAGAAGGUUUGAUUGACAAAAAGGGUGGUGCAUGUGACAAGGGCAAAAAGGCCAAUGGGAAGGUAGAGAAGCUGUCCAAGUCAAGGACCAACCGGCCGAUCGCUCCAGCCCCUGCUCCCCCUAAGCUUAUCGCCAUACCCAACACGGCAUAUCCAACUGGCACAGCAGAUACUGCCACCUCACAGCAGCCCUCACCUAUGGCAGCCGUAGGCCUCACAAGUAAAAACCUUCCCUUAAAACCCAUCAAACCAAAGCUGAGCAUUGUUGUGGAACCGAGCCUUGUCAAAGCCACCCUGGUUACCUGCAACAAAGAGACCAGGAAGAAAGAGAAACGGAGGCUGAAGGACAAACAUAACAAAGAUGCGUCAACCAGGACACCUAAUGGCGACAGUAGUGGAAUCAAAAUGGAAGAUGGUGGUGGUGGUUCUAAAUUGGGUGUCAAGGAAAUUACUGGAAGCCUUCUGAAGGAGCAUCUCAGUAAGCAGGAUGUAAUGAAUGGGCUCACAGAGAGCCAAGAGAGCAGGAUGGCCAGUAUCCGAGCUGAGGCUGACAAAGUCUACACCUUCACCGACAACGCCCCCAGUCCCUCUAUUGGUGGUUCAUCGCGGCUUGACCCCAGUGGUACUUGCCUGGCAUCAGCAGACAGCAAGAACAACAGCCCCGCCUACUCUGACAUCUCAGAUGCCGGGGAUGAUGGGGGAUCUUCUGAAUGUCGCUCAGAUGGAAUCAGAUCCAAGUCUAGCUCCUCAACCUCUUCAGAGGUGAGCUCUAACAGUAACCAUGGUAACUCUGGUAAAACCCCACCCAUAUCAUCUGCCCCAUCAUCAAAGGACCCCCAGUCCCCGUACUACCACAGCUACGAGCCCUACUACCUGCCGGGGUACAUGCAGUCGGACAGGCAAAACAGCAGCAGUGUUGCCUUCCACAAAAGCUCUGGCCUUGAUGGCAAAGGGAAAGACAGAAAGGAAGAAGUGAAAGAGGACGAUAAAAACUCCUGCCAUGAGUUUUCAGACUCAAAGAAAGGCGACGGGCCACCUCAGUCUCAGCUCCAGCUGGCUAUGAGUCAGACCCAGACUGCAUUGGCCCAGUCGCUGUAUUACGGCCAGUACUCUAGAGGACUGUACAUGGACCAGAAACUGUUACUGGCCUCCAAAUGCUGUGACCAGACGCACAGUGCCAAGCAGAGGGGUGAGCGGGGACAAGGGGUGAGAGACAGUGAGGACGAUAAACACAUGGUUGGGGGUUCAGCUGGUGGACCCAUGCUAGGUAAAGGUCCAGAUGGUGCUAAAGGUUGCUGUCCCAAACCCAUCCUGUCCUACGUGGAGAUGAGUGAGAGGGGAGAAAGGGGACAGAGUCUGGGCGUAAAGGCAGUGCACGGUGGCAUGGUGGACCAGCACCAGGUCUCGAUGAAAGACUGUGAUGACAUCAAGUCACCGUCCUCUUCCUCUUCUUCAUCACUCCACAACCCAAACAGUCAGACAGAUCUGGACUCAAAUGUUUCCUUUUCCAGUGUAAAGGGACGCCACACUCCUAACAUCACACCUGUGAAUGGCCGCCUGCUGUUGAAACGUCGUCAUCUUUCAUCAACAUCACACUCAGAGCCAGUGAUAGAUGGUCUGUCUAUGGUUCUGUUCACUCAACCCUCAGACGGCCCGGCCUGGGCUCACUGCCUGGUUCACAGCAAAUACUCAGAGCUACAGAGUCAACAUGGGGAGGAGGCCGAGGAGGGUGAAGCAGACAGGGGAAAAGAAUGGGGAACUACCAUGGAGCCUGCUGGGGCCAAGAUGACCUCAGGAGGAGGAUGUGGAGGAGAGAGAGGAGGAGGUGUGGGCGGAGAUGCUAAAAAAGCCAGGGUACAUGGAUCCCACGAUCUCCUGCCCUCCAUCGACAUGGAGGAGUCAGACAGGCUGGAGGGGCUAGAUGAUCAGGGCCAGGAACCAAUGGGAGGGCUUUCUGAAGAGUCCCAGAGUGCCCGGGCGGCGGUUUCUCCUCCCAUGACCCCCCAGCAGCCCUACAUCCAGUACCAGCACUCCUCCUACCCACCUUACCUGGCAAUGUGUGAGAGCAGUGGGGGCUCCUACAGAGGGGUGUCCCCAACCCUGGUCCACAAUUACCCAGGUUUCCACUACCCUCUUUAUGGUAAGACGGCGGGCAGGGAGGAGUCAGAGGUGACUCCCCCCAGCAGAGGAGGAGUGGUGAGCAGCAAGCAGAGCAGUGAUUCGUCCUCGUCCUCAGCCAUGGAACUGCUGCAGCAGCAGAGCCACCAGUACCACGGAAAAUCACCUGCUCCCGGCGAGAAGGGUUCCCCUGAGGGAGAGAAAGAGACGGAGCGAGAGAGGAACCAUGUGUCAUUCGCCCGACACCUCCACACACACCAUCACACUCACCUGGGUAUGAGCUACAACCUGAUGUCAGGACAGUACGACAUCUACCAAGGGCUGAGCUCCAGGUCGCUGGUCUCCAGUCAGCAGGUGUCAGGACACUCCUCUACAGACAGCGAAGGGAAGAAGUAG